AUGUAUCGACUUACAGAUAUCAUUUCCGAUGAACGUCUAGAAGUCAGGAACAGUGCUUUCCAGACACUCUUGAGAAUCUUUAAGAACCACAGUGCUGAUUUCUCGAACCCGGCAUGGCAGUUGGCAAUCGAGACACUCUUAUUCAAGGUCCUUCGGGAGAACGCGGAAAAGCAAAGAAUUCUUCGUUCGAGCAAAGCAUCUUCGAAUGUCAUCAUUGGCCUCGACAACACUUCGAGUGAGAUCAUAGGCGACAUUACCAGCCUCCUUGUUGGACAAUUUGAACAGAUGGCCUCACUCGAUGCUUUUGAUCGGUUGUGGUCAGAUCUGAUGGAGAUUUUCGAGACGCUUUUGUCCUUCCAUUCGUCAGUCAUCAAUGCACCCGUGUAUGAUGGUAUCAGCGCUUUGCUGGGUGCGUUUGGACUUGGCAACCAGAUGUUGGAUCGGGCAGUCUCGCGUACAGAGCUUCUGUGGUCGUCUGCCAUACCCGACUGUUCUGCAGACGUCAAAGGUCAGAAUGCUGAACAAGAGCAAUACAUUGCAUACGUCAACUGCGGAAGAAGCGUCUAUGGUCUCAUUGAGAAAAGUGCCUCAGCAGAUCGACUUGAGAAGUUGGUACAGAACAUGGUUGAUUGUGUCAGAUCCUCGACUGGAGCGGCUUACAGCUCUGAUGUCAACGAUCUCACCAUGCUCCAGCAGAAAGUUCUUGAGCAUCUACAAGCGCUGCAUGGCAACAUCGAACUCGUUUCCUCGACGCUAGUCAACGCCGCCUCACAGCUGGUGUCUUUACCAUUCGCAUCACACGAAAAGCCUAAAACGAAUCUUACGUUCGUUGCCUUGUCAAAAGCAAGCAUGGAUUGGCUAGUUGAGUUGAUAGCUAAAGAUUUAUCAACGCCAGAAAUGUUCCGCUCUGUGGCUGUAGCAAAAGCUCUGGAAGAUCUGGCGACACCAAUGAGCCUCAAGUAUCGUUGGACGCAACCGGGCAAGGCACCAGCGUUGUGGCANAAAGCAAGCUCUGCAUCUUUGUCUAUCAUCGACAAGACACUAGCACAGAUGAAAGAGCUCGGUAUCGAGAACGAGAUGAAGACACGUAUCUGGACAGCUAUCAUCAAUAUUACCCAUGCUGUCAUGCAUGCAGAUAUCGAUGAAGCAUCGCCACAGCCUACAUUCGAGACUGUCGAGAAGGACGAGGUCUUCGAUUGUGAAGCCAUGCGACAACUCAAAACUAUGAUCACGCCAGUUCUGGGCUCUGCAGAUAUCCCCGACGCAGUUCGGCAAACAUAUGUGUCUUCACUGUUCAAUGCAUCACUCAUCCAUUCCGUGGAGCGUGGAGAUAUUCCUCAAGAUGCUGAUCGACUUGACAAACUCGAUACAUUGCGGAUGGGUCGAGUCCGCGAUCCAGAGCCAAGCUUGAGGGAGGACAUGGCGUAUCUUUGCUUCAGAGAGCUAAUCUCCUUGGUCGGUGACUCCAGCAAAGAUCAAGUCAAACUCUCGCAAGCCGCGGCUUCCUAUCUAGUGUUACGCUUCGCACUUCCCUUGAAGGCGUAUGUUGUCGACCAACCUCUUCGUGGUUCGCUGCCGCAGCCACUGUCGCAAGUCGAGGAAUUGCUCUUCUGCUUGACUGAAAUCGAAAAGCUCCAAGGCCUGUUAGCUCCCAUGAACAAAACAGAUGGUACUGGCCCAGCUGGCCACCAGGCACACUUGGAGUUGCUCUUCCCGCUGGUGGUCAAGGCAGUUGGUGUAGCUGGCGACAAGCGUUAUGGUAACAAGAAGGCCUUGGCUCUGCUCGAGAGAGUUCUGGUAGCUAUCAGAUAG